CUGCCCAGACACGGGUGAAGUCAGUGCACAGUGUACCUGUCCCGCUGCCGGGGCGGAGCCUAAUCACAUCUCUGAGUCUGACAGUUCCCGGAUGCCGGGGCGUGUUCACGCUGUCACUGUGCCGAUGACGUCGUAGCAAGAUGGCGCAUGGCGGGGAGGCGGAGGAAGGGAGAGAUAGAGACGGGUAUGAUGCGGGUGUGGUAUUUGUGCCUCACGAACAGAUGGAUCCCCGGCCUCUAUUCCAGGCUGUGGAUGCCUUGUGCCAGGACAACAUACAACAUUUCGGGGAGUCUAGCUCCGAGGUUGGCUCCCGUCUGGUCCAGGCAUUCUCCCGCAUCCAGGAACAGGCACGUGGACUCGAGCCAGCCCUACGUGCUCUAGCUGCGGUAUGCCCGCUUUUUGACUUAGACCCUGACACACCCGCCAAUGGGUACCGCAGCCUGAUGAAGGUGGUAUUAGCCUGCACCCAGCACAUCCUGCACAAGUGCCGCUAUGUCACAGCCAGCCGCCGCAGCCUCUUCUUCCGAGCUGCACACAACUGCGCGGAGCUAGAGGCCUAUGGGGCCGCCCUCACCCAGCUCCGUGCCCUGCUCUGCUUUGCCCAGCGCCUACUCACUGCCAAUCGGCAUGGAGACCUUUUCUUUCGUCAAGAACGAGGCCUGUCCGAGGAGUUCCUGCGAGAGUAUAGCACCAUGCACAAAGGCUGCUUCUAUGGACGCUGUCUCGGCUUCCAAUUUACUCCGUCCAUCCGCCCAUUCUUGCAGACCAUCUCCAUCGGGCUGGUGUCAUUCGGGGAGAAUUACAAGCGCCAUGGGUCUGGAAUAACAGAUGGAGCUCUUUCAGCUUACUAUGGUGUAGCUGCCAGCUCCUUCUUUAUAAGUGGGAGGUAUGCCAUUGACCCUGAGCUACGGGGAGCAGAGUUUGAAAGGAUCACACAGAACCUGGAUGUGAACUUCUGGAAGACAUUCUGGAACAUUACAGAGAUGGAAGUGCUGACGUCUUUGGUCGGAAUAGCUUCUACAACUGUUCGCAUCAACAAGACCCUAACUGUGCCACCCCAGCCACUAGAGAUGCCUCUGUUGUCGGAUCCGCAGCGCACGGUCACCAUCAACCCUCCUGUAGCCCAUACCGGACCAGGGCCGGUGCACAUGCGGCUCAUCUCUUAUCAGCUGCGCGAGGGACAGGAGAGUGAACAACUUAACGCUUUCAUGAAGCCUGAAGGGCCCUUGAGUCUGGACCUACAUAUGAGAUCUCGCCCGGCCCCCCUUUCUCCUGACCUGAUUAUCCAUUUCCACGGUGGGGGUUUUGUAGCUCAGACCUCUAAGUCCCAUGAACCAUACCUGAGGACGUGGGCGCAGGAACUAGAAGCUCCUAUCUUGUCUGUGGAUUACUCACUUGCUCCUGAGGCUCCUUUCCCGAGGGCUCUGGAGGAUUGUUUCUACGCUUACUGCUGGGCAAUCAAACACUGCCGGCUGCUGGGUUCCACUGGUGAACGAGUAUGCCUGGCCGGUGACAGCGCUGGUGGUAACCUGUGUAUCACCGUGUCACUGCGCGCAGCCUCUGUUGGUGUUAGAUUACCAGACGGGAUCAUGGCCGCCUACCCAGCCACACUGUUACAGGCCACAGCGUCCCCCUCCCGCCUCCUCACUCUGAUCGAUCCGCUGCUGCCGCUCAGUGUGUUGUCAAAGUGUCUGAGCGCCUAUGCAGGCACUGAGCAUGUCCCAAUAGAUGAUCGAGUGGUUGAAAAGCAGAGUGCUGUGAGUCAAGUUAAGAGAGGAACUGCUUUAUUUCUCAGAGACAUCCGACAAGGGGCUGCAUCCUGGCUGAGUAAUCUAAUGGAGGGGAACAAGGAGAAGGAAAGUCCUGGGACAGUGAGGAAGAGUGUAUCAGAGACAGCUUUGAAAGAAGAAAGCUCUGUAAACCGCAAGGUGUCCUUAAAGAGCAAGACCUGCCAGGACCUAAGCCGGCAUCAGUACAGUGAGCAAAGCACGGAGCAGGACAGCCAGCCAGGGGGAUCGCAGAGCCAGCACAACGCACAAAACAGAGCACAGAACAAACGCACAGAUAACGCAUCACAGAUUGGACCUCAUUGCAGUAGUGGUUCUUCUGUGAAGGACCAGCAGUCACCUCCCUCCUUGUCAGUGCUAGCAAGUACUGGAGCCAAAGAGCCGCUGUCUCCAAGCAGCCCACAGGACCAGGUCAAUUUCUUCCUGACAGAGAGUGAGGCCGAACACUCCUUUGAUAGAGACCCUUCUUUGCACUCCAAGGAGAACAUUCCCCCUUUGCACUCCAAUGAGGACAACUCAUCCCCGCAUUCCAACUCCAGCUCACACAUGCUGGGCUUCCCAGAGGGAUUUCAGCCACUGCGCUCACAGAAUGGCUUUGCUAAUAUGACCUUGCAGACGUCUGCGAUUGUACAUAACCCCUACAUGUCGCCUCUGCUGGCCCCAGACAGUAUGCUCCAAGGUCUUCCUCCUAUACACAUUGUUGCCUGUGCCCUGGACCCCAUGCUGGAUGACUCUGUGAUGUUUGCGAAAAGGCUCCGCUCUCUCUCCCGCCCGGUCACACUCCACGUGGUUGAAGAUCUCCCUCACGGCUUCCUAAGCCUGUCACAGCUCUCCCACGAGACCCGAAAUGCCACAGCAGUGUGUGUACAGCGUAUCCGACAAAUACUGCGGGAAGACCCUCCUGCCGCAGCUCCCCGAAAGCAUCGGAAGCUAGAGAGGACUCUGGGGAAGAAGAGCACUGUGACUGAGCGAGAGAUCGGCGCUUGAGACCACGAGAGCUUGUCUUCAUAAUGUGCAAUAACAAUCCACAUUUAAUCUCACUGGUUACCCUUGUUACGCUGCUUUCAUUGCAAUAAGACCCAAAUUACCUGCAGUUGUUAAUGCAACAUGAGCUUAGCGGUCACUGAUAAAUUGGCUUUAAUAAGGGAUGAGUGUAUUUGGUUAGAGCAUCUUGCUGAACGCCAGGUGAUAACAAAAUGGACCAGGAGAAAUGUUGUAAAGCCGGUUCUGUGCAAUAGAUUUAAAUGGCUAGAAAGGAUGAGGGCAUGUUGUCCUGUAUCCUAUAUCUGUGGUUUCAACAGUUAUGUACAGUCCCUGAAAAGAUCUACAAAUCAGAUACAGAUGGUUUAUUGCUUGCAGAAAAUGUGUCUCUGCCAAAGGAGUAUACAUGGACACCCAUGUAUAAAUAAAUACCUUUGAAAAUACUGUGUCUUCAGCUCUGACACGAUCAGGGUGCUCCCACCAACAUAUUCGGUAAUGAUAAAAUCUUCCAUUAAGAAAUACAUACAUUGAAAUUAAAAGUUUGAGUAAGAAUA